AUGGAACAGUUUGCUAAUAUCUCGGGCCUACACAUCAACGCUACGAAAUCAUCAAUCUUUGCAUCUGGGCACAGUGUCUCUCCUACGCUUGAAGAGGCAGUAAGGAUCGGUAUUAAGGUUGGUUCCUUGCCGGUGAAGUAUUUGGGUAUGCCUUUAAUCACAAAAGCUUUGUCUAAGGAAGACUAUGCGCCUUUAUUGGACAAGGUACGUGGAAGAAUGAUGUCUUGGAGGAAUAAAUGUAUCUCUUAUGCGGGUAGGCUACAACUGAUUAAAUCGGUCAUAGCAAGCAUUGUCAAUUUUUGGAGUCAAGCUUUCAUCCUCUCCAAAGCUUGUCUAGAUGAGAUCGAGAGUAUGUGCAGCGCUUUCCUCUGGUCUGGAUCUCCCAAUCAGACUCACAAGGCAAAGGUAGCAUGGGAAGAUCUUUGUUGUCCCAAAGGUGAAGGAGGACUAGGGAUAAGGAAGCUUCAUGACUCGUCGAAACAGUACUUACUAAGGCAGAACUCCUUCUGGAAUGUCAAGGAAAAUCAAAGGGGGUCGUGGAUGUGGAGAAAGUUAUUGAAGCUAAGACCUCUUGUCUAUCAGUUCCUACGAGUUGAGGUUAAUGAUGGACGAACGACGUUCUUUUGGUUUGAUGAUUGGCUACAAAUGGAGAGACUUAUAGACAUCACGGGAGAUAUUGGAACAUGCUAUCUUGGAGUUCCUCGUACUGCUCGGGUGUGUGAUGCUGUUGUGCAAUCGAGAUGGAGUAUUGGCUACUGGAGACAGAAUGAGAGCUUGGGGUUGCAGCAAGGUUGUGUGCUUUGUGGAGAGCCUGAUGAGACCUGUGAUCACAUCUUCUUCGCCUGUCCGUAUUCGUUUACUAUUUGGGAUAAGUUAGCAAAUAGAUUGAGUGGCAACAGGACUGAUCCAGACUGGACAAUCACUCUGCAUUUUGUGGUUGGGAAUAACUUGCAAUCAUGGACAAGAUUCUACUCAAAAUGGUGUUUCAGACAUCCAUCUAUCACAUCUGGAAAGAAAGAAAUGGGAGGAGGCAUCAGUCGGGGUUUUGUAGUGUUGAUCAGGUAG